AUGGAUGGCCGGCGGUGCCUUGGGCACCCCUCCUUGGGUCUCUCCAUAACCGUCAGCAACCUCAGGAAUCUUGUGCAGAGACGUACGGCAGAUCUAAGAGACAACAUUGGCUUUACGGAUUACUUCAUUCCGCUACUCGAAUCUUUGGCAAGUCAGGCGGCCAAUGCUGAAGCGCCAACCAACAAGAUUACCCAUCUGUUCUACUCAGCUGAGGGCCUUGAUGCCUAUUCAGCUUUCUUCCGAAUGGAGGCUUCUUUGGAGUGCAAUAUUCUCGAGAAUCUUGUUCACUUGGAUCUCUGUCUCUGCAGUGAAGAUGGCGACAGUCAAGCUUUCAAAGGGUUUACAGUUUGCCUUGCGAAUGCCAGAAGCUUGAGGAGCUUGAAAAUAUGCAUGGAGAAAGAUCCCUUCAUGUCCACAUCUGGAGUCAUUCCCACGCUGCCCAAACUUGUUAGUGUGGAGUUCGUGGAAGUGAAAAGUAUUGGAAACCCCAAGGGUGCCUGGAUCUCCCAAACUGUCGCUUUCAUUCGGCGCCACGCGAAGACACUGAAAAGGCUGUAUUUCACCUCCGCGACAGUCGUUCGUUCAUUUCUUACCGAUCUCUCACGCUUGAAUUCGUUGCACUUGGAUACGUUCGUUAUCUCGUCAGGAGACGACACCGACAACGACGGCGAUGACUAUGGCGAGGACUGCGACGAUGACUACUACAGCGACAGCGACUCCGUGUUGUCCGGUGUGAAAAGGCAUGAGCGUAUGAAUGAACAGAUAGUUCUUGCUUACGUCAACCGAGCGGAGGACCCCGAUCAGAAAAUUCCACUGCCAUCUUAUAUAGCCUUCCAUGCUACGCGAGACAGCCUCUGGCAAAAGAGGGGAUAUGAUUUGAAGGAUAUCGGAGCUUUGGAUUCUGCUACCUUUGAACGAAGGGACGAACAUGGGAUAGCCCAUAGUCUUGGGCCCCGAAGGAUCUACCAUAUCGAGGCGGGUUUAUGGGUUGACUCGGACGAAGUUUUCUACGACCCCGUCACUGAUGAAGAGGUUGAUGAACCUUUUGGAAAGCGAGAAAAGCCCAAAGACGACUCCUGGACUGUCCAAGGACAACAUACGUGGGAUUCAGAAAUGGGUCUCUGGAGAGAUGGACAAGGAAAACUGAAGAAGUUCGCUGCUGAAAGGGAACUUCCAGAAAGACCACAAGUCCCCGCCGAUGACUAA